CCCUUGUCCCGGAAGUUGAGUCUUGUCCACGUUGGCGACGCAUGCGUGUCAUUAUUGUCAAGAUGGCCGGCCAAGACGUAGACGAAUUAUUUGACAUCAGAACAUCCUUGUAUAUUGGCAAUUAUCAGCACUGUAUCAAUGAAGCUCAAAAGCUAAAGUUGUCUAACUCUGAUCUGAAGUCACAGAGAGAUGUGAUCCUUUAUCGUUCCUACAUCGCACAGAGGAAGUAUGGGGUGGUCCUGGAUGCGAUUACCUCAGGAAACUCAUCAGAACUCCAGGCAGUGCGAAUGUAUGCCGACUACCUGUCCAGUGAUAGCAGGCGAGAUGCUGUUGUGCGAGACUUGGAUUCCAAGAUGAGUGCGAGUGUUGAUGUCUCGAACAGUGCAUUCCUUCUCAUGGCUUCAUCCAUCUACUACCAAGAACAGAACUUUGAUUCUGCACUCAGAACACUGCACCAGUCAGACAACCUGGAAUGCAUUGCUCUUACUGUGCAGAUCCUGCUGAAACUGGAUCGAGUUGACCUGGCAAAGAAGGAGCUGAAGCGUAUGCAGGAACUGGAUGAGGACAGCAUCCUUACCCAGCUGGCACAGGCCUGGUUUAACAUCUCUGUUGGAGGAGACAAGUACCAGGAUGCCUACUACAUCUUCCAGGAGAUGAGUGACAAGCAUGCAUCCACCCCGCUGCUCCUCAAUGGUCAGGCGGUGUGCUACAUGGCCCAGAGCAGGCUUGAUGAUGCUGAGUCGGUGUUGCAGGAGGCAAUGGACAAGGACAGCAACAACCCGGAGACCCUGGUCAACAUGAUCCUCCUCACACAGCACAUGGGGAAGGCCCCUGAGGUGAGCAAUCGUUACGUGUCGCAACUGAAGGACUCCCAUCGAAGCCACCCAUUUGUCCGAGAUUAUCUCCUCAAGGAGAGUGAGUUUGACCGGAUAUCUCGUAACUAUGCUCCCUCUGUCAUGGCUUGAUCAAACAUCUUUUAUUAGGGAAUGAGGUAUGGUAGAAGCUUGUUGAUACCAUCCAUCAUCUCAGCUGUCUGUGUCUGCAGGCAUUGGACAUUACAACAAAAACUCUCUGACUAUUUACGGAAGUAUAGGUUGAUGGAGUGUGUUUUAGUUGAGCCCAUGCAUGUGGCACCAGAUACAGCAGGGGCCACUACUGUACAGUUCUGCUGGAAAGCAUUCAUAGAGGGAAUUUCAUGCAGUCGUGGAACUCAUUUCUUUUCUGUUAUUAACAAACUGCACUCACCAGUGGCCAGGAGUCCCCUGCUGGAAGAUGAGGCUUAUAGACUUGCAGAGCCCAUCUCUCAACGACAGGACAGGGUCAGAUUGGGUUGGACACUGUAUAUUUAUUCUGUCAUAUUAUAAGAUGUAAUAAAAUGUCCACAAUU